AUGGCUGACAAGUUUCUCAGCCCCAACCCCCCACAUGCGGACUCCCGUUCGCGGGCCACGAGUGAUGCCGAUACCAUUGCUCCGGAUGGGUCCAACCCGUUUCUCACGCCGUCCGGCACAACCGCUACGCCUAGUACUGCUGGUGCGAGCCUCGACCUAGAAGACGUUGAAUCGUCUUUGAGGCCCGACCCUGGCACGAAACGCGACUUUCACGUGGACAACAACCCAUUUGCCUUUUCCCCUGGGCAACUCAACAAACUGCUGAACCCCAAGUCAAUUUCAGCACUCAGAGCGCUCGGCGGGCUCCGAGGCAUUGCUCGUGGCGUUCAGACCGACGUACGAAGCGGCCUCAGCGUUGACGAAGCAGGCGUCAGAUCCAGAAUCAGCUUCAAUGAAGCAGUCGACAGCCACGACGACAGCAAACCGGCUUCGCCAUCAACCGAGAAGCAUGUACCGUCUUCUGGGGCACCAUUCGUGGAUCGUACUCGCGUUUAUGGUCGCAAUGUACUGCCGCCAAAGAAGCCCAAGUCAAUCUGGAAGCUGAUGUGGAUUGCGUUCAACGAAACGGUACUUAUCCUCUUGACGGUUGCCGGAGUCAUCUCUUUGGCACUCGGACUAUACGAGACCCUCGGCGUGGAAAGGCCUGCAGGCGCACCGGCUUCCGUCGAUUGGGUUGAAGGCGUCGCUAUCUGCGCUGCGGUCAUCAUCGUCGUCCUCGUCGGAUCCCACAACGACUGGCAGAAGGAGAAGGCAUUCGUCAGGCUGAAUACCAAGAAGGAUGACCGUCAAGUCAAGGUCAUUCGCUCCGGAAAAUCAGUCAUGAUCAACGUCAACGAGAUCCUUGUGGGCGAGGUGCUCCAUUUGGAGCCUGGCGAUAUGGUUCCCGCUGAUGGCAUACUCAUUGAAGGACACGAAGUCAAGUGCGACGAAUCUUCGGCUAGUGGCGAAUCCGAUGUUCUGAAGAAGACUGCUGGCGAUCAAGUUAUGAAGCUUCUGGACUCAAAACACAACAAUCAUGACGACCUGGACCCCUUUAUUAUCUCAGGAUCCAAGGUUCUUGAAGGCAUGGGAACCUACGUUUGCACCUCCGUUGGUGUCCACAGCAGCUUCGGCAAGAUCAUGAUGUCCGUACGAUACGAUAUCGAAGCCACACCUCUCCAGAAAAAGCUCGAGCGGCUUGCUAUCGCCAUCGCCAAGCUCGGUGGAGGUGCAUCGGCUCUGAUGUUCUUCAUUUUGCUUUUCAGAUUCGUUGCCAGUCUCCCUGGUGAUGACAGAUCGCCCGCCGACAAGGCAUCAACCUUCAUGGACUUGCUUGUCGUGGCCAUUGCUAUCAUUGCUGUUGCAGUACCUGAAGGCUUGCCGCUGGCCGUCACCCUUGCCCUCGCGUUCGCUACCACGAAGCUGCUGAAGGAGAACAACCUCGUUCGCGUUCUUCGAUCUUGCGAAACCAUGGGUAACGCAACAACCAUCUGCUCGGAUAAAACAGGCACUCUGACAACAAACAAGAUGAAGGUUGUGGCUGGCACCUUCUCCACCACCAGCUUCACAGCUCUGGCUCAGUCCGACAACGAGAAGACCUCGGGGACCCCUCAUGUAACUGUAUGGGCUGCUGGCUUACCUACAGGAACCAAAGAACUCAUCGUUCAGUCGGUUGCCGUAAAUUCCACAGCCUUUGAGGGCCAAGAGGAUGGCCAGGCAACUUUCAUCGGAUCCAAGACCGAGACAGCCUUUCUCCAAUUGGCGAAGGAUCACCUGGGUCUUCAAUCACUUGCUGAAGCCCGCGCCAACGAGCAAGUCGUGCAGAUGCUUCCCUUCGAUUCCGGAAGGAAAUGUAUGGCCGCAGUGAUCAGACUUCGUGACGCCUCGAAGGGAUAUCGUGUACUGGUCAAGGGUGCCUCCGAGAUUAUGCUUCAGUACUGUUCGUCCAAAACUCAUCUGGAGACUUUGACCGAGGAGCCCAUAACGGUCACUGAGAGAAAGUCACUCGAAUCAACCAUCAACGAAUACGCUCGCCGGUCCCUCCGGACCAUUGGCAUCGUGUACAAGGACUACCCCCAGUGGCCGCCUGUAAAUAUGCCUUCAGAAGAUGGACACGUCAAGCUCGAGGCCCUGCUGGCACCAUCUGACCUGGUAUUCCUAGGCAUUGUCGGAAUUCAAGAUCCCGUCCGAGAAGGUGUUCCCGAGGCGGUCAGGCUUGCGCAGCAUGCUGGUGUCACUGUCCGCAUGGUUACUGGCGACAACAUUGUCACCGCUCAAGCUAUCGCGACCGAGUGCGGUAUCUUCACGGGCUCUCAAGGGGUGAUCAUGGAAGGACCGGCUUUUAGGAAGCUUUCCGACGAGGACAUGAACAAUAUCCUUCCUAAGCUACAGGUAUUGGCUCGUUCAUCUCCUGAAGACAAGCGGAUUCUCGUAACGAGGUUGAAGGCGCUCGGGGAGACGGUCGCUGUCACAGGUGACGGUACGAACGAUGCCCCGGCCCUGAAGGCUGCAGAUGUUGGCUUUUCUAUGGGUAUCUCGGGUACUGAAGUCGCCAAGGAGGCCUCCGCGAUUGUGCUUAUGGACGAUAACUUCGCUUCAAUCGUGACUGCACUCAAGUGGGGUCGUGCAGUCAACGAUGCCGUUCAAAAGUUUCUCCAAUUUCAAAUUACCGUCAACAUCACUGCCGUCCUACUGGCAUUCAUCACAGCCAUGUAUGACCCUCACAUGGAGCCGGUGCUGAAGGCUGUUCAACUGCUUUGGGUCAAUCUUAUCAUGGACACUUUUGCCGCGCUGGCACUUGCAACGGAUCCUCCGACGGACAAGAUUCUUGACCGACCUCCUCAAAGAAAAGAUGCUCCCUUGAUUACAAUCAAUAUGUGGAAGAUGAUCAUUGGACAAGCUAUUUUCCAACUUACCAUUACACUCACACUUUACUUCGCUGGCCCCGAGAUCCUCAACUUUGACAGAAACAGCGAGGAUCAAAUGCUGCAACUCGAUACAGUCAUUUUCAACACAUUUGUUUGGAUGCAGAUCUUCAACGAAUUCAACAAUCGGCGACUUGAUAAUAAGUUCAACGUUCUCGAGGGCGUGCACCGCAACCAGUUCUUCAUCUUCAUCAACCUCUUGAUGGUCGGUCUCCAAGUUGGAAUCGUGUUCAUCGGCGGUCGCGUCUUCGAGAUUAAGGAAGGUGGCCUCGAUGGAACUCAGUGGGCAAUCUCCAUCGUGAUUGCGCUCAUGUCUUUGCCCUGGGGUGUGCUGGUCCGUAUCUUCCCAGAUAUAUGGUUCGAAAGGGUUGCUGUUUUCGUCGGAAAGCCUUUUGUGCUGGUGUACAGAUUCCUUGGGAAGAUGUUCGCUCCUGUUGGCCGGUUUACCAAGCGAAAGCGACGAGAGACUACCGCGGCAGACGAGGAAGUACCCGCUACGGUUGUGAUCGCUCCCCCUGAAGAAAAGGGUCAAUAG